GUAAGUGUGCACAAUAAGCUGAGGUGCAGAGUUUCUACAACCCUAACAGUUGCUUGGAAAAGGCUAUUAUCCUUAACGAGCCAAGCUUUCGCUGAGCUGAGGAGAAUCAGAUUGUUGUUGUUGUAACCCACCCCUGCUGCAGAAAGCAAAACAGCAUGGCCGACUGACCAGGCACUCACAGGGAACAGCGAGUCACUCAGCGCUGAGGUGAGAUGGCUCUCAACCGAUCGCCCUUGUCCGCCUGUGCAGAGCCAUGGUCCAAUGGUGCCUGGUUCAGUCAGGUGUCCACUGCGCUCAGCGAAUCCUCAUCCAUCCACAGUGAUGCUUUGUGCCACCUGACCCGGGACUUCUCUGCCAUCAGCCUGAAGCCCAUGCCCUACAGCGCCCUGGACCCUGGGGGAUAUAAGGAGGAGAGCUGGGCUGAGGAAUCCCAAAGUUUUCUGCAGCGCAACAGCAUGCAGGUCUCCCCGAGCGAGGACAAGAUCCCGGUUGUAGGAGCACCUUCAAGCCCCGAGGCCAGCGGUGAUGGCCUAUACUUCUGUGAUGGCCAGCGGAAAGUGGACUAUGUUCUGGUUUUUCAUCAACGUCGGCACGGCUCUCUGCGAUCUCCUGCUAUGGGCUCAGUUGCACAGGACCAGCUCUCCAUCGUUUCAAAUGGCAAUUUUCCUCCACCAGCAGGCUCUGACGCCGCAGCCGGACCAGGGGGCAGCCUUCGGAGGGAGGAGGCGGCAAGUGCUGGGGAGGUGUUUAUGGAGCUUGGAAUCGCGAGAGGGGGCGAGCCGUUGGAGGCCGCCGAUCAUGAGAUGCACCUGAUCAGACAGGAGUUUGAGGCCAACCUGUUGGAGGCAGGUCUUGAAGUUGAGAGAGACAGUGAGACAAAACCCCACGGGCCGAGCUUCACUCGAAUCCAUGCACCGUGGCCUGUUCUGUGUAGAGAGGCUGAGUUUCUUAAGAUUAAAGUCCCCACCAAACAGAGUUAUGAACUCAAAGAAGAGAGUGGUUUUGGGUCCAGAAUGAGCACAAUGUGGAGGAAACUGAAGCAUCCCUUUCAGCCCAAUGUAUCUCAUCCGGACCAUGGAAGCACCAAGUUUCUGUCACACUGCUUCUCCAGGGACAAACUUCACAUGUACAACAUCACAUCUAAGGACACGUUCUUUGACAACGCCACAAGAGGCAGAAUAGUCUACGAGAUACUGAGACGGACAGUGUGUGUACGGACUUGUCAAACCAUAGGACCCAGUAUGAGGAGCUGCUGCCCCGCAUUGGAGGACGGAUCACCCUUCUGGACACGAAUUACAGGCAUCAGCACUUUGAUAGCCAAAGGCGCAUACGACUCCGCCUUCCCUCUUCAUGAUGGUGACUUUAAGGUCACUGGACACCUUGAGGAACGGAACGACAGACAGGUUCUUUUUGAAGAGUGGGCAAGAUACUCAGCCUUCUACAAGUACCAGCCUAUUGAUCUGGUCAGGAAGUACUUUGGGGAGAAGAUCGGCCUGUAUUUUGCAUGGCUUGGUGUUUAUACUCAACUGCUCAUACCUGCCUCCAUAGUGGGAAUUAUAGUGUUUGGAUAUGGGGUGGCGACGGUGGAUACCAAUAUACCCAGUUUGGAGAUGUGCGAUGAGCGCCUCAAUUUCACCAUGUGUCCUCUGUGUGACGGCGCCUGCGACUACUGGCACCUCAGCACCGCUUGUGGCACGGCCAGGGCUUCGCACCUCUUUGAUAACCCCGCCACCGUCUUCUUUGCCAUCUUCAUGUCUCUGUGGGCCGUGUUAUUCUUGGAGCACUGGAAGCGUCGGCAGAUCAGCCUGAGUUUUAGCUGGGAUCUGACGGGGAUCGAGGAAGAUGAGGAACACCCCCGGCCAAAGUAUGAGACCAUCCUCCUGCAGAAACGACAGAGGAAGCAGAAAAAGAAGAAGAAGAAAAAGAAUGAGCCAGAGAAGCAGAAGGACGGGACAGUGACAGGGAAGGACAGAUGGAGACAAAAACUGCUGUCUGCCAUGUCUGCAGGAGUACCGACGGUCAUUGAGAAGUUGACCUGGAAGGAUCGUCUACCUGGAUACUUCAUGAAUAUUUCAUCUAUUCUUUUCAUGUUUGGGCUGACGUUCUCUGCUGUUUUUGGUGUGAUCAUCUACCGCAUCACGGUCUCCGCUUUGAUGGCGAUGAGUCCCGACCCAGAGACCAAGUCCAAUGUUCGGGUGACUGUGACGGCCACUGCUGUCAUCAUCAACUUGGUGGUCAUCUUGAUCCUGGAUGAAAUCUAUGGAGCUGUGGCACUGUGGUUAACUGAACUAGAGAUUCCUAAAACGGAAACCAACUUUGAAGAGCGCCUCAUCCUCAAGGCCUUCUUACUGAAGUUUAUGAACGCAUACGCUCCCAUAUUUUAUGUGGCUUUCUUCAAAGGACGGUUUGCAGGUCGACCUGGAAGCUAUGUGUACGUCUUUAAUAAUUAUCGCAUGGAGGAGUGUGCUCCAGGAGGCUGCCUCAUUGAGUUGUGCAUUCAGCUCAGCAUCAUCAUGCUGGGCAAGCAGCUGAUCCAGAAUAACAUCUUCGAGAUAGGCAUCCCGAAGUUGAAGAAGUUGAUUCGUGCACUAAAGGAAAAAGAGCCGACUCAGAAGCAGAAGGAUGAGGAGAGACCUCCGCAGCAGUGGAACCUGGACUACGCUCUGGCUCCGUUUGAAGGCCUCACACCAGAAUACAUGGAGAUGAUAAUCCAGUUUGGUUUUGUUUCACUCUUCGUGGCUUCCUUCCCACUGGCCCCUCUCUUCGCCCUGUUGAACAACGUCAUUGAGAUCCGGCUGGAUGCCAAGAAGUUUGUUACGGAGCUACGUAGGCCAGUCGCUGCGCGGGCUAAAGACAUCGGCAUAUGGUACAACAUAUUAAGUGGAAUGGGCAAACUGUCAGUAAUAAUAAAUGCCUUUGUGAUCUCCUUCACAUCAGACUUCAUCCCUCGGCUCGUCUACCAGUACAUGUACAGCCAGACAGGCACCAUGCAUGGAUUCAUCGACCACACCCUCUCCUUCUUUAAUGUGUCCAAUUUCAAGCCCGGUACAGCACCACCAUACUCAGAUCAUGGAGACAUCACUGUCUGCCGGUACAAGGACUACAGGGAGCCCCCCUGGUCUCCAGAUGCCUACCAGUUAUCCAAGCAGUACUGGUGUGUCCUAUCUGCAAGACUGGCCUUUGUCAUUUUGUUUCAGAACUUGGUGAUGUUCCUCAGCCUCAUAGUCGCCUGGGUGAUCCCAGAUGUUCCCAAAACCAUCGUGGAACAGCUCAAACGGGAAAAGAAGCUCCUGGUCAAUCUGUUUCUGCAGGAGGAGAAGGAGAAAUUCCAGCUCAUUCAGAGCCUCUUCGUCAAGGACGCCACACUCCACUCCAAAGGCCAGUCCCCCUCCACAGGCCAGGCUUUCCCCAUUCUGGGCAGAUACAGCACCCUACCCUCAGGCCCCAUGGCUGGAGAAGGAGGAGGACCGAGGGUGAGAUGCAGGGCUGCGAGCUUCAGUCAGUUCAGUGAAAAGAUUUCCUCAUCACCCAGGAAAGAAAACACAAACUCAAAGCACACAGCAGUGUGACAUGGAACAUGCUGAUCAGUGGAAUUAAGAUUAAACAGGCCCUCGGGGUGUAACUCAAGGGACACGGCCCUUUUCCUGUGUGUUACCUGUAUUGUUUGUGUCCUGUUGUGUGUGACACAGUAGUGCGGUGGCUGAGCCAUCACAAGUCUCCUGCAGAAGUAUAAAGUUGUCCUCGCCGGCCUCAGUGUGUGGAUUAAUUAAUGUUGAACCCUGAAUGAAUGACUGCGUGAGUGGACUGUUCCUACUCGCACGACUGUUCACCUGACAAAGUGUUGUCAUUUUCCUUUUUUUGUACAAACUAGUGAGGCAUAUGAGCUUCAUAGCGUAGAGAAGCAAUAAUAACCAUAUUAGGUUUAAUAAGUGAUUAUAACAGCUACUUGGAAGAAUUACACACCAUGGAGUGGUUAGAUUGGAAACAAUAAACAUCAUAAACAGACUGAUGAACAUUUGUGGCCUAAACUUAGGGCUAUCUGAUCUGUAAUUUUACUAUUUUAUGUAUUUUUGUUUACAGAUUUUGUAGCACUCAAAACAUUCCACAUUUUCUAGACUGUUUCACUUAGAAAUAACUUCAAACAGUUUAUUUUAACCGAUCGUGACUUUAGGUACCGAUGGGUGGGAAACAUGCCAAUGUGGCACACUGGUGCCGUUCACCUUCCAAGCUGUAGUGUCUGAACUCUGAUCUGUGAAGCUAAACCUGAAAUCUCUCAUGAGCCAUACGGAACAACAUUUACUGUACGCACCAGGAGGUUAAUGCACAGGGAUGGCUGCCUGUGUGUGGGAAAGGGUUGAGCUACUCUCACUGUGUUUAUGACAACUUAAAGACAAUCUACAUCCACAUUCCUUAAUUAUGAAAUAAUGGAGUUCUCUGAUGGCUUUAGGUUUGUACUAAAUACCUUUCUCUUUCAUAGGGGAACUCAAAAGUCUUCAACUCUUUAGAAAUGCUUGAUUAAAGAUUUAUAGCCCUUGUUUUUUUUUUGAUAAUUUGUCACAUCACACCCACAAAUUUCAAUGUUUAUAAGGAUUUUAUGAGACACAGCAACAUAAAGAGGUCCAUAACUGUGAAGUGGGAAAAAAAUACAUUGUUGUCUUUUAGGGCUACUUGAAUUGUGUACCGAGGGAACCCAUGCAUUCCAAAAACAUAACUGUUUUUGGACUGCAAUAACAAAGCGCUGGAUGGAUGUUGUCCUCCAGAACAGAGCACCCUGCAAUUGUAUUAAGCCCUUCCUAAACAUUAAUGUGUAGAACCUUCUGUAUUUGGCAAAUCUGAUUAAGGCAUGUCUCUUCCAACUUUGGAAUUUCAGAGACUAAAAUGCUUGCCCUAUUGUUGGUCUCUAAACUAUUCCAUUGUUGCCUUAGCUGUACGUUUAGGGUAAUUUUUUCUCCCAGGUGUUCAAUAGUCUUCAUGAUACUGUUUUUUUCUUCUUCUGUAAUGUUCUCUAAGAAACGUCUGAGAAUUGCUUCAUAUAUACCAAGAUCAAACUAGACAUAAAUGAGCUCUAUUUACUAAUUAUGUAAAUGCAGAAUGGAUUUGGUCGCACUAGAUUUAUUUCAAGGAAUCAGUAACAGUGCCAGAAUAUAACCCCCCCCCCCCCCCCUCCACUUUUUUUCAGAGUUUCAUUAUGAAAGCAAUGCAUCAUUUUCUUUCGCUUCACAAACAUACAUUUCUUUGUGUUGGUCUGUCAGAUAAAAAGACCCACAAAAGGCUGUGAUUGUAAUGUGACAAACUGUAGAAAGGUUUAAGACGCUGGGCUACUUUAGCAAAGCUCUCUACAUUUGAUGCUUUAGGUAAGAUGUCAGUUUUCUAGCAAGCAAAGAAACAAUGUAGUUAAAUCCUUACUGUAGUACUGUUGGGGAAAAAAUAACACCUAAUAUAGUUUUUGCAUGUUAAAACUGAAAUUACAUUUCAAGUGUAGUUAAGUUGUAAGCACUAAAUUAGUAGUCACUAAUGAUACUGCAGUUAGUGUAAAUGAAAAACUUUUCAGGACAACAGCAGGGCUUACAGCGCCCUGUUUAUUGAAGGUUGCUGCCAUUUUUGAGCCAGGGGUCAUUGUUAGAGUGUUCUCAUUACUGCGCUCUAUGGUUAGGUAUUCUACAAAAGGCAACAGAGGAAAAAGAAUCUCACCUUUUCUUGAUUUCACGUAGUUUUGAUUAAGUUUUGUAAAUCUUGUAAAACACUGUACUGUACCAAGUGUGUAAGAGAACUUACAGGAAGUUUGUCCAUGGAAUAAUAUUAGCCAUGUAUUACCACCUGGUGAAUAGCUCUCCAAUCAAUAUUCAAGGUGUAAUUAUGACAAACCUGAACUAUACAUUAUCUUAUUACUUGGUUAAAAGGAACAUUAUUUUUAUGAAUAUGCUAAUUACAUACAAAACCUUGAUAAAGUUAUAGAAAUGCAAGUAAAUGGCAUCUGUCAGUACCAAAUGGAUAAAAGAGUUUAUGGUACUGAUACACUGAUGGUCUUAUGCUCUUGGAGUUUGGCACUUCUUUUGGACUUGAUACAGCACACACAUUCGGUGGACACAAGUCAACACCUCAACAUGACACAGGCAUGUGCUAAAGGGGGUAUUUUAGAAGGGUUAACGUUUGUAAUACCACUACCAGAAAUUAGUAAUAGUACUAACCUAUCAAGAUUGACCCUUUUUCUUAUGUAGUAUAAUAGGAGAAAUUCAAUUAAAAAUGGAUGGAUGUGGAAGUGAUAAUACAUCACUGAAAAGUGGAGAUCCCAAGAUCUGAUUCAUGCCCGUUGCUAAAGGCGACACAAAAUGGCAUGGUACAUUGGAAAGAGUCCAACGCUUGCUUCUGGUUGGCAGAUGAAAACACUAUGAGUUUCUACUACACUGUUGAGAGACAAGUUGCUGAUCCUUCCCAGUUGUGGUCUCUUGUUUAGCCAGUGUCUCUGGGUGCCCUUCUAUACCCAUUGCAAUACAUACCGUUACCCAUAAUGCAAGCUCUAUGAAGAGCUAAUUAUGCUCUUGUUAGUAAUCCGUCCCAAAUUUAAAUCAGACCCAGGACCCAGGGAGAAAAGCCCUCUGCCAUUGAGUUACCAGCAAAAAUGCUCGCUACCAUCUUCAGCUGUAAAAUGGAUGGAAAGCACCACCUAACAUGUACAGCAUCUAGUUUAUCUACUUUUGAAAGUGGCCGCUAGUCACUGUAGCCUGCUUGCAUUAGCUCUUACUCAGUUUAUUUGGUAAUCUUAUGUCAGAAUCGUUGGUGCUGUGUUAAUCUUGUUUUCACAAAAUGAGGACUGGCCUCUCUUUCAUGGGUCCAAAGUUCAUGGUUGAUAACUCACAAAGUUGACUCCAACACAUUUGUACAUUAGACUUACCAACUAACAUGGAGACAUAUUGCACAAAGGACCAACACACAAAAAACACAGUUUGAUUACCCUGUUCAAUUGGAAUUCAAAGUAAAGCUGAAGAUCAAGAAUGGGGAGACACACUUUUACCACCAAGUAUACCAGCUCAACAUGUCCCCAUCCGUGUUUAAAAGAGGGGUGAGGGCAAUAAAGGAAUGACACUUUCUCGGGAGUAUCCUGUGGGUGAGGUAAUAAAUAGGGGCCACCAUUAAAUCCACUAUUUCUCGGGACAUAAUUGCCGAAAUGCUGUAAACCUUCAAUUGUUUUUCAUGCCUUGCUAUCUGUUCUUUAUUUCUAAGUGUAGACAAGAUGUGUCUGCUUAGACAGGACUCAGUCACAGACUGUUAUCUUUACAUGUAAUAAGUCGUACAUUAGGAAGUUGUGAUAAAAGGUAUAUUUGUCGGAGAACAUUCUGUUGUUUAUUCUUGCCUAAGCUGGUGUAAAAAUUCCUGAAUACAGAUUUGUAAGAUGGAUUUUAAA